CUUGUCGUGGACUAUUCGCUCUCGUAGGGAUUGCCGAAAAAUAGAAUCUCAUCAUAUUCUAACUCAACGCUGAAGAAUUCUUCCAUGUGAUUCAUCAGUUAUCGAAAUAAGUUUUCCACGUCGAAGCUUCCGGAAGGAGUAGAAAACAUUCAUCCAAUAAAGUGUUGCUUUACCAAACCGCUUCGGAAUAGUUGGGCCACAUUAGUCAAAGUGCUAUAAUUAUUGGUAUCGUCAUGACCGUUUCGUUGUAAAGUGUUGUUUCGUGGUUGUGCUAAAAUUUUCCCCGGAAUCUCAAGUACACGUCACCGUUUGCUGCGUGGUUUUUCUAUUUUCCAACUCAAUAAACGGGACGGUUUUCAAGUGGUUGACGAAAUAUCACAUCAUCCGGCAAACGCUGUGCACUAUCGCGUGGUUAAUUUGGCGUAAAACAGUCCGUGAGCUGGUGGUGUUCAUUCGUGGAGCGUGCAGCUGAUAACAAACUAUCUACAGCAGCGGGCGCAAAUUGACUGCAAGAGACGGCAGAUUUCGCCUGGAGAACGAUGUUUCCAUCGGAUUCGACGACGACGCUGACCGCCAGCGCCAAAGAAUGGCGCCGUACAUUCGACGCGAUUAAAGCAGGCCAUGACGAAGCGUACCGGACGAUCGAGCGCGCGAUAAAGUUUGAAGAACACGAACGCCCCGAUCUGGCACUUCAGACGUACAAGGAUGGUAUCCAGCGGAUCGACGAAACACUUGCCCUUCCGGUGGAAGUACCGGAUCUGGGCGUGCAGGGCCAGGCGGACGAUAGCUGGCAGCAGGCCAUCGGGAUGAUUCACAAGCUGAAACGGACGCGUGGCGAGGUGCUGCAACGUGUUGGGCAGCUUGGUGGAGGGGCAGCAGGUGAUGGUGGUCAGUCGGAAAAGAAUGAUAAAACUGGUCAACGUCCGUGGACGUACACCGAGCUGGCGAGGGCACUGCAGGAAAUGUCCGACGAGCAAAGCAGCGAAUCAAAGGAGGCCGCUUCGACGCCGACGACGACGACGAGGUUGGAGUUGCUUUUCUCCUGCGACGGAGUACAGAUGUAUUACAUCGAGCCGGACGGUGUCGUUAGCAGGACGAUGGCCGAUUCGACUUUGCGCGUCGUCCGGAUCGAAGGAGACGAGCAGAGGAUGCUUCAGUCGACCGUUUUUCUGCAAGUCAUCGAAACACGUGCUGCUAUUCGAAUUGAAAACGCCGAGGAACCGCUGGCGGAAAUUCCCGAGGCCAUGGAGGCCACGAUGGAGCAGGAACCACCAUCGGUUUCCAUUCCAGAAGACCAGGCCAAGGAAGAAACAACCGAAUUCCUUCUGUAUCCACUCAUCCCGGGCGUUUCUCCUUGCUAUCGGACCGAAUUCGGCGCGUUUAUUCUGCCGGAUCUUUCCACAGACGCUGGUGUGGAUGGACGUGCCAUAGGGCUUAUCAUUCCGCCAGGUGCGGACGAGGUGGUGCUAGAGAUUCUGGUCGCCUUUCUCCACGGUGUGGUGACGCAACCCGCGUCGGAUGUGCCCGUAGGUCGUGCCGAUCGUAAACGUUCCCUCCUGCCCGAUUCGACGACCGUUUCUGCCGGAAUUAUCCGCGGUGCGUUCUACUUAUCGCAAGGAUUAGUACGGGGCGCCGAGAAAACGGGCCAGCUUAUAGCGACCGGAACGCCGUACGUCAUCUCGAAGAUGGGUCCGAAACCGGAACCUCAGCCGGACGCAGCGCAAUCCGCGGGAGGAGGAGGAGUUCAGGUGCCAAAAAACGUCCGCACCGGCAUCGAAAUCGCCCGGAGUGUCACCGGAACGGCGGCCGGUGUGACGAGCUACGUGGCGGGGAAAGUCGGAUCGGCCACGAUGGCUCUCGGGCGCUUCCUGGCACCGCACAUUCAGCGUCACGGUAGCGCCCUGCUCUCCUACGGCACUGGUAUGAGCGCGGAGGACGCCUCGGAACGGAUGAACGGUGCGCUUACGAUCUGCGCCGGUGCCGUCGAGGGUUUCGGAACGGUUUACGAAGGGCUCGAACGAUCUGCGUCCAUUCUCGGCCAAAGCCUAAGCAGCAGCACGGUGAAGAUCGUGGAGCAUCGGUACGGCGAGGAGGCGAGUCGCGUCGUCGGCAGCUCGCUCGAUACGGUCGGCAACGUGAUCAACGUGACGCACAACGUGAACUGCAUCACGCCGAAAGGGUUUGCCAAGCGGACGGCCAAAAAUGCCGGCAAAGCGCUCGUUGCGGGCUAUCGACCAAUGGUGCCGGAAGUGGACGCUAUUGCUGGUUCCAACGGGACAACGCUUGGAGAACCAGGAUCCACCAUUGGAACCAUCGGAACCGUGGCAAGCACCAGUAGAAUCGUACCAGCCUCUGUACUCUAUCCGGAUCUGGGAGGUUUGGCUAAGCAACUGCAACAGUAAAAACAGCCCAACAGACUCCAAAUGGAACAUAGAGGGACCGAUCCAGCAAACCAGGGAACGUUGUGUUAAGGUUAUGGUUAUUUAGAUACUCAUCCGUCAAAGGCAGCAAUCUCCAAACGAAGGCACUAGAGUUUACCCACAUUAAGGGAACUUUUUUUUGUAAAACGCUUUAGGUAUAUCUUGCCAUUUUUGCAUUUCAUGUUUUUACUUCGGAAUGGUUUUAAAAGUAAGAACAGGGUUUUAAAUAAUAGGAUGUAAAGUGAGAUUUUACGCGGGACAAUUAUUGUGAAAUCAAAAAUGAUCUGAGAUGAAUCUUAUAUAAAUGUUAACUCAAUGAAACAAUAAAUUAGUACAAGUGUUUACCCA